AUGGGCUUUGAUGCCAUUACCGGUGCCUUUAGCUCCAUCGAUUGGACAGGGAAGGAUGGUCGACCUCUUCUUGGCUCUAGCAACACUAAGCAAGGUGAGCAAGCAAUUUGGGUUGAUCACCGCCCUCGUACGUACUUGGGUAUGACAGCUUGCUCUAUGCCAAACACGUUCAUGGUCCUGGGGCCCCAUCAGCCAUUCAGUAACGCUCCCGGACAAUUGAGCACGCCGUGGAGGUUAUUUCGGAUCUCCUGCAAUACUGCAAAAACAACGAGCCCACUGGAGAAGCCGUGGAUGUGUGGACGGAUCAUGUUGUUGAGAGCAGCAAAGGGGCUUUGUCAAACGAAACUAUAG